AUGGAAGACACAAACACAGACACAAACAAAUCUGGUUCUUCCUCGCCAAGUGGCUCUCCCUUGAGAACCGGACGUUGUCCCUUGCCAACUAUGCGGUCUCCUUCGCCAUUUUCACGAUCACCCUCGCCAUUGUCGCCUGGCAACUCACCCUCAGGAUCACUAUUAAACAACGAGAAUCCGAAAUCCCCGACGGUGGACUUAGUGGGAGAAGAGUUAGAGAUAGAGGAACAGGAAGGGACAGAGGCAGAGCAAGAGCCUACAAAUGAGGACUUGGAUACAAGUAAAAAUAUAAAGACUACCUCAGAUGUUUGGUUUGUUUAUGUUCCUUCUCCACACACAAAAGAUGUCCUUGUUGAUUGUUUUUUAGAGUGGAACAUUGAUAGGAAGUUGUCCACAAUAACUGUUGAUAAUUGUAGUACUAAUGAUGCCAUGAUAAGACUUCUCUUGAAUAAGUUUGAUACUAGUUCUCUUAUGUUAGGUGGGUCUAUGUUGCAUAUGAGGUGUGCUGCACAUAUUUUGAAUUUGAUUGUUCAAGAUGGGUUGUCUCUUAUUGGUGAUGGUAUUGAAAGGAUUCGUGAUAGUGUGAUUUAUUGGACUGGAUCACCAAAAAGAAGGCAGAAAUUUGAAGAAAAUGCACGUCAAUUGCUUGUUCAAUGCACCAAAGAGUUAGUCUUAGAUUGUAAAACUCGUUGGAAUUUAACUUACUUAAUGCUUUCUACUGCAUUGAUUUAUAAAGAUGUUUUCUCAUGUUUGGCUAAAUGUGAAAUAUCUUAUACUUGUUUACCAUAUGAUUAUGAUUGGGAGUUAGCCAAAGAUAUUUGUAGGAGGUUGGAGUUGUUUCAUAGUGCAACUGAGUUUUUCUCUGGUCGUAAGUACCCCAUAACUAAUAUGUAUUUUACUUUGGUGUGUGAGUUGAAAAUUGCAUUGAACGAAUGGAGUUUGUCUUCAAAUGAGAUGAUAAGUACGAUGGCAGAAAGCAUGCUUGCUAAAUUUAAUUUUUAUUGGGCUAAUGUUAGUGUUGUUAUGGUUAUUGCUGCUAUCUUAGAUCCAAGAUAUAAGAUGAAGUUAUUAGAGUUUUAUUAUCCUAACAUUUAUGGUGAUAAUUCUGAUUUGGAGAUUGAAAAAAUUAAGAAUCUUUGUUAUGAUUUGUUUGAUGAGUAUGGAGAUAUAGAUGAGUCCCCUGUAGAUAAUGAAGGAAGUUCUCAUAUUCUUGCAAGUAUUUCAAGCCCUGUGGCACAAAUGAAGUUUAGGUUGAGUGGGGCAAUGUCAUCUUUUGAUUUGUUUGUGAACAAUAGUUCAAGUAGUUCGAAGAAACAUGGGAAUGCUAGAAUGGAAUUUGAUCAUUUCAUUGAUGAGGGAGUGUUGAAGAGGAGUGAAGAUUUUGAUAUUUUGGGAUGGUGA